AUGUCCAUACUUCUGCCGCUUUACGUGUACCCAAGCGCGGGCGCCUGGGAACCGCUGUACACAGCAGCAAAAGCGCACAAGAAUGUGGACUUUAACGUCAUCAUCAACCCCUGCUCCGGCCCUUGCAUGGGAUCACUCCCCGAUCAAGUGUACCUAGACGAAGUCCCAAAACUCCGAGCCUACCCAAACAUUCGCACAUUGGGAUAUGUUGCAACAGACUACGCAGACAAGCCUAUCGAAAGCUUAUUGGCAGAAAUCAACACCUACGCACGUUGGCCCAAAGUGACAAAUAUUACCAAGAUGCGCGUUGAUGGAAUCUUCUUGGACGAGACACCAAGUACUUUCGAUGAAGACGAUUACGAAUACUUAAAGACAGCAAAUCAAGCGAUCAAGAACAACACAGCAUUCAGCGAUCGCUUCAUAGCUCACAACCCCGGUCUGAUACCCACGUCCAUCCUCACCUCGCCCACAGUGCUCCAAGAAUCCUACCUCAAUCUCACGGAUCUUACCGUCGUAUUCGAAGAGACUUUCGAUAAGUGGCUGGAUAGAGACGUCAUGGUGCCAUUGCAAGGACACAAGAUUCGGCGUUCGAAACUGGCUGUCAUACUGCAUUCUUUGCCGAAUCUGACUGGAGAAGUGCUGGAGUUCAUGGUGCAGCAGGUAGAGAACACGGCGGAUUGGGUCUUCUUGACGGAUAGUGCGGACGACUAUUAUCACACCUUUAGUGCGAUGUUUGGAGAUCUGGUGAAGGCGGUUGAUGGAAGUAGUUGA